AGGGGUGAGGGAACGGGGCAGGAUUCGGGAACGGGAUCGGGACCGCGACUCAGGAUCCGAGAGGGUGGCUACUGCAGGCUUCAAGCAAGUGCUGGCGUCCCCCGCUCGGGUCUGGGCUUGGGCCCGAGCCUGGCGCUGCUUCCCUGCGGUCUUUCUCUCGUCUCUUCCGGGGUACGCGCAGGCCCAGGUCCUACGUUAACAAUAAGGGAAAAAGCCAAAAUGGCCUCAGGUGCGGUAGCGAACACCCCUCCUGCAGGAGGGGCAAAUGAUGUGAGCCUGGAGGAACCAAAGAAGAUGACGAGGGAAGACUGGAGGAAAAAGAAAGAGUUAGAAGAACAGAGAAAACUUGGAAAUGCACCUGCUGAAGUGGAUGAAGAAGGAAAAGAUAUCAACCCUCAUAUUCCUCAGUACAUUUCCUCAGUACCAUGGUACAUAGAUCCUUCUAAAAGACCCACACUAAAGCAUCAGAGACCUCAGCCAGAGAAGCAGAAACAGUAUAACUCCUCUGGAGAUUGGUACAAAAGAGGAGUUCAGGAGCAUGCUGUGGCCACGAGGUACCGCAAAGGAGCCUGUGAGAACUGCGGGGCACUGACACACAAGAAGAAAGACUGCAUGGAGAGACCCAGGAAAGUUGGAGCAAAAUACACAGGCAUGAAUAUUGCCCCAGAUGAACAUGUGCAGCCUCAGCUGAUGUUUGAUUAUGAUGGGAAGCGAGACCGGUGGAAUGGUUAUAACCCAGAGGAGCACAUGAAAAUUGUUGAGGAAUAUUCCAAGGUUGAUUUGGCCAAACGUACACUGAAAGCCCAGAAGCUUCAGGAGGAGUUGGCAUCAGGGAAGCUGGAGCAAGUGAACUCCCCAAGACACCAGUGGGGAGAAGAGGAAUCAAAUUCACAGACAGAAAGAGAUCAUAACAGUGAAGAUGAAGAUGAAGACAAAUACGCAGAUGACAUUGAUAUGCCUGGGCAGAACUUUGACUCUAAAAGACGCAUUACAGUCCGAAAUUUACGUAUUCGGGAAGAUAUUGCAAAAUACUUGAGAAAUCUAGAUCCAAACUCUGCUUAUUAUGAUCCCAAAACAAGAGCAAUGAGGGAGAACCCUUAUGCCAACACAGGCAAGAAUCCAGAUGAAGUUGGUUAUGCAGGUGACAACUUUGUUCGCUACACAGGCGAUACCAUCUCAAUGGCACAGACUCAGUUGUUUGCCUGGGAGGCUUAUGACAAAGGCUCUGAAGUUCAUCUUCAAGCAGACCCUACAAAAUUAGAGCUCCUUUAUAAAUCCUUCAAAGUGAAAAAAGAAGAUUUCAAGGCGCAGCAGAAAGAAAGCAUCCUAGAGAAGUAUGGAGGACAAGAACAUUUAGAUGCCCCCCCAGCUGAACUGCUGUUAGCUCAAACAGAAGAUUAUGUGGAGUAUUCUAGGCAUGGAACAGUCAUCAAAGGACAGGAGAAAGCUAUUGCUUGUUCUAAGUAUGAAGAGGAUGUGAAGAUCAACAACCAUACAUGCAUUUGGGGUUCGUACUGGAAAGAAGGCAAGUGGGGUUACAAGUGCUGCCACUCCUUUGUCAAAUACUCCUACUGUACAGGAGAAGCUGGGAAAGAAAUUGCUAAUACAGGAGCAAGUUUAAUGGAAGAGCAGCCUGGGGAGGAAGAACACAUGACAAAACCCAAAACACUGAUGGAGAUCCACCAAGAGAAACAGAAGGAGAAGAAAAAGAAGAAGCACAAGAAGAGCUCAAAUUCUGACAGUGAGGGUGAAGAGAAAAAGAAGCAAGAAAAACUAAAAAAGGCACUAAAUGCAGAAGAGGCUCGACUUCUCCAUGUCAAAGAAAUCAUGCAGCUAGAUGAGAGGAAAAGACCGUACAACAGCCAGUAUGAACCAAGGGAGCCAACAGAAGAGGAAAUGGAGGCCUACAGAAUGAAACGGCAGAGACCUGAUGACCCCAUGGCCUCUUUUCUUGGGCAGUAGUCACAGAGAACAUCAUCCUAGUACACGAGGCUUUUUUCAUGCUGUUUACAACUCUCUAGAGACUUGAUUCCCUUGCAUGUGUCUAAAAUGGCAGAAAAGGCAGAAACCUUUUUUGCUCCAGAGAAGUUUGGAAAACUUCUUUCAGCAGACAUGAGCAGUCCAGUACUUAACAGGGGUUUUGUAAAUGCGUGUGUAUGUAUACAAGUACAGGCACAUAAGUACACACACAUAUAUAUAACAUAUGGAUAGAUAAAAUACAUACACCUACUCUGUAAAUUCUUGAAGGAGAAGAGAUCUGACUAAAAUACUAGGUUUAUUUGGCCAACUGAUACAUGCAUAAAGUUGUGAUACAAUAAAACUGACUAGUCAGAAGAAAUGGUCAGCAGGUGUCAGUAUAGAACAAAAAUUGUUGACAGAAAAUUGAUACAACUACUAGAGCUUCUUACUUGUAAAAGCUUGUCUCAUGACUUUAAAAGAAUAGUUUCUUGAUCACUUUGUAGUAACUUCUUUGGAAAUGUAAAAAUUGAUUGCUCUGUACUGGUUAAAAUAAUAUAGAGAUCUUAAGUGCUGUCUAGUCUUUUAAAUGAAAGGGUUAGGAGAAGCUGACUGUAGAGCUUUUAAAUUCCAGUUGUUCCUUCAGAUGUAUUUCCAUAUAAAUUUCAAUUGCAAAGA